AUGGUGGAGCUGCUUGACAAUGCUGGGAUAGACGUGGUGGAGAGUGUAAUCUAUUUCCACGUCGACGACCCGCUGAAGGACGUAACGCAAGUCCCUUCAAGACUUCACAAGACCCUGCUGUUAAACCUGAGAGCCAGCGAGGUUGAUGACGGCAAUUUGUGCAUAAAAGCCUACGAAAUUUGUACUCAAUUUCUUACCCCGAGGCUCCCCGAGCGCUUGAGACCUCAAAAAACUGGGAGGCACUCGGAUUCUCUGACUCGCGUCCAUUUCCGUUGUCAGUCCCAGAAGAUACGGAUUGCAUCAGAAGGAAUGCAGACGUUUUGUAGCGGCCCAGAACCUGUAGCGUGA